CCUACUGUAAUUUUUGUGAAUGGUGGGCGACUCAUUGAUCUCUCACUCCUUUUCUUCGUCGAAGAAGAGGGAAUCCUCAACGGCCGCCCCUUUCGCUUCCUGCAUGCAAGGCUGGCACCGUCGCUGCAUAGGCCUCGACCCUUAGAUCUGAUUCAUCACCAUUACCUUCCAGAUCUGAAACCAUUCUGAUGUCUUUUCAGCGCCAGCAGAAGAUGGGGCCGAUGAGACCGGGAAUGUAUAAGAAGAAGCUGAUGCAGGGGAGGAAGGGUGGAGGAAUGGGGGAGAUGGAUCGGUUUCUGAUCACGGUGACUGUACCGGGUAGUGCUGGGGCGAUUCGGUUCGUGGUGAGGGAGAAGGAGCUUGUUGAAGUGGUUAUUGGUACGGUGCUCAAGUCAUAUGCGCGAGAGGGUCGGCUGCCUGUGCUUGGAUCUGAUUUAAAUGACUUCCUCCUUUACAGCGCGCAUGACGGCUCUGAGGCUUUGUGUCCGUGGGAGACUAUCGGUUGCAGCGGGAGUAGGAACUUCUUACUGUGCAAAAAACAGGGUUUGGCUACUGCUGAAAGGUCGGAUACGCUUCUGACUUCGAGGCACAUUGAAAAGAAAGGAAAGGGUGGGUGGAAGGCUUGGCUCAAUAAGUCUCUUAGUUUCAGAAUCUCUCCCCGCUGAGCGGUAGUGUAUUUUAUGGCAAUGCUUUGCUUGGUCUGUUCCUCUUUGUUUCUUAGAUGCGAGGAUGACUUUAAGUUGUCUUUCAUUGAAACUCUCUGGGAUCCAAGUUUUGUAAUUUGUGUUUGAAGGUAUCAUUUUGCAUUGAGAUUUAGUAAUAUGGUGUCAUUCUUGAA